AUGACUCGUUUCCGCCCAUGCAUUGAUUUGCAUGCGGGUCAAGUUAAACAAAUUGUUGGCGGUACACUGACCUCCCAACCGGCCGAGUUGAAGACCAACUUCAUAUCCUCGCAGCCUGCUGCGCAUUUUGCCAAACUCUACAAAGAACAUAAUUUGACUGGCGGACAUGUUGUGAUGCUUGGAGGGGGCAAUGAAGAAGCUGCAAGGGAGUCUCUGGCAGCUUGGCCUGGAGGUCUGCAAGUUGCUGGAGGCAUUACUGAUAAGAAUGCCCAGCAUUGGAUUGCAGCUGGCGCUGAGAAGGUUAUUAUUACAUCCUACCUUUUCCCAGAAGGGCGAUUCUCCCUCGAGCGAUUACAGACGAUACUCUCCGUACUCGGAAAUGACAAGUCUAAGUUGGUUCUGGACUUGAGUUGCCGCAAGAAGGGAGACUCGUGGUUUGUUGCCAUGAACAGGUGGCAGACGAUAACGGAAAUGGAAAUUACGCAAGAAACCAUCGCAACGCUUGAACCAUAUUGUUCUGAGUUCCUUAUACAUGCAGCAGAUGUUGAAGGGCUGCAGCAAGGAAUCGAUGAGGCGCUCGUAUCGAAAUUGGCGGAAUGGUGCACCAUACCAGUGACGUACGCUGGAGGUGGGAGGAAUCUGGGGGAUCUCGACCGCGUUAAGUCAAGCAGCGGAGGCAAAGUUGACUUGACGUUUGGAAGUGCGCUUGAUAUAUUCGGGGGGUCUGGAGUGACAUUUGCGGAGUGUGUAGAGUGGAAUAGAAUGAAUGGAAGCUAG